AUGUGGUCUUGGCGCAUUCACACUUGGACCCGUUCUCCCUCUUCAGCGCUUGCUACUACCCCUCCUUGCCCUCUCCGCCCGAUGUGCCGCUUCGUGAUCUAUAAGGGCACUUCUCCUGUUCAAUUGUCCCAUCUUCUCACUCGACCAUGCCAUUCUAUCAUCAACCAGGCGUUCGACUCUCGUUUACGACUCGAUCGGCGGAGACCUAUGAACGGGGAUGGCUUCGGUGUCGGAUGGUAUGAUUCUGUAUACGACGAAGAACUUGGUAGUCAACCAUGCAUUUUCACCUCAGUAACGCCGGCAUGGAACAACGUGAACCUGAUUCGGUUGGCUGAGAAGAUCAAAUCGCCUUUAGUCUUUGGUCAUGUUCGCGCGACGACGGCAGGCUCUUUAUCUCUUGACAAUUGUCACCCCUUCGUUCAUGGCAAACUCAUGUUCAUGCAUAAUGGUGGGAUCGCCGACUUCCAUCGGAUAAAGCGUCGACUACAACAAGACUUGCCAAAUGUCGCGUUUGAUAUGGUCCAAGGAAAUACCGAUUCGGAGUGGGCAUUCGCACUGUUCCUCUCGAAACUUCCUGAUUGCAAUGCUCGGUUGUUCACGCCGGAAACAUUGCGGAGGGCUAUGGAGGCGACCAUCACAACACUAAACGAUUAUGCCGAUGAAUUUAGCAUUACCGAGCCUAGCCUCAUGAAUUUCUGUGUCACAGACGGCGAAAGCGUCGUGGUCACUCGUUACAUUUCUUCCAAGAAAGACGAAGCAGCUUCUCUAUGGUUUUCUUCUGGUACUGCUUUCAGUGAAUAUGCCGAAGGCGGCCACUACAAGAUGUCGAAGGCUGACAAGAGAGAGAAUAUCAUCAUGAUUGCAAGCGAACCUCUAACUUUCGAAAGAGCCGACUGGAUGGAAAUCAAGACCAACCACAUGGUAGUUAUUACUCCAAAGAUGAACCUCCUCCAAAUACCCAUCAAGGAUAAAUUCUACGUGCCACCUUCCGAUCCAGCUGCGUUAACACGGGCCACCGAAUUUGCGCAGGAGAAGGGACUACUUAACCCUCGGAAGAGUAUAGCACCUAUUGAUGCUCCGCAGAAGGCUGGCAGACAUAUUGUUCAGACCCACUGUUGUUGA